AUGACAUUCAACGCAAGUGUGGACUCGCAGUUGACGCAACACAUGCUGUUCGGAUGGGUGGACCACCUGUCGGUCGCACUCAUGCUGGACCUUUCCGCAGCCAUCGGUAUUUAUUUUGGCGUGUUUGGUCGCGCCAAGAAUACUGCCCAAGUGGACUACCUGCACGGCGGCAAACGCAUGAGAGCAUUUCCUGUCGCAGUGUCACAAGUAUCUAGUCAUACCUCUGGAACCACGCUGAUGGGAGUGCCUGCAGAAGUAUACCUAUACGGGAGCGUCUACGGAUGGGUUUGCAUAUCAGUCAUCAUUUUCGCACUCAUCACCAACUACGUGUUUCUUCCUGUUUUCUUCGAUUUGCAGCUCACAUCAACUUAUGAGUACUUGGAGCGCCGCUUCAGCCGUACUAUUCGCUUAUUUGCAUCUGGAUUCUUCACACUCAAUCUGGUGCUUCACAUGCCUUUGUACGUGUACAUGGCUGCUAUCGCACUAAGCCAAGUGUCUGGAAUCAGCGUCCACUGGAUCACUCCUCUGGUUUGCACCGUCUGCGUUUUCUACACUAUGCUGGGCGGCCUGAAGACGGUGGUGUGGACGGACUUCCUGCAGAGCGGAGUCACGCUGGCAGCCUUCAUCGCGGUGCUUAUCCUUGGGGUGGUGAGCGCCGGCGGCUUCGCAGAGGUGUGGCGGGCCGCCGACGAGGGCGGCAGGGUCGCCUUCUUCGUCUCCUUCUGGGCAGUGGUGAUCGGCGCGACGGGGUCUUUCGUAGGAGGCUGCGCUGUCCACCAGGGCAUGGUACAGAAGUUCAUGUCGCUGCCGGACCUGGUGGCUUCUCGAAAGACCCUGGCUGGCUUCACCUUUGGCAUAAUCCUCAUGAAGGUCAUCAGCGUCUUUACUGGGUUUCUGCUCUAUGCCACCUACCGCGACUGUGAUCCUGUUAAAACCCAUGAGGUGUCUCGUCCCGACCAGCUGCUGCCCUUCUACGUGAUGCGGGUGGCCGGCCACGUCCCCGGACUGCCGGGCCUCUUCGUCGCCGGCAUAUUCGGCGCUGCCCUCAGUUCCAUGUCUGGAACUCUCAACGCUCUUUCUGGUACUAUCUACGAGGACUUCCUGCUGCCCCUGAUGCCCAAACGGAAGACAUAUCUGCUGGUGAACUUAAUAAUGCAGGCCAUCGUGCUGGUUGUGCGCAUCAUCACCGUAGGAAUGGUCUACAUUGUCGAGAGGCUGGGAACAAUUCUGGAGGGACUCGAGACUUUAGCUUUGCCUUGUCCUGGCAGUGCUCCACUAGCUGAACUAUCCCAGCUGGGCCCAGAGCCUUCAGAGUGCCAGGAGCGAACUCCCACACGGCCGUCAGUCGGCCGCGCCAGGCUACCACUGGGCUACAGCGUGGGAGGCGUGACGAACGGCGCGCUGCUCGGGAUAUUCACACUCGGCAUGCUGGUUCCCUCGGCCAACACCAAGGGAGCCAUCGCGGGCAGCCUUUGCGGCAUGACCGCCGUGGCGAUCCUCAUAACCGGCGCGCAACACGCCACAGCCACCGGAAGAGUACGAUACCUGCCGCUGCCGACGUCCGUGGAGGGGUGUCCCGGUAACGUCACAAACAGCGUGCACGCCGCCGCAGCAGCCGCCGCGACCAGUACAUCGGCGGACGACGUGCCGCUGGUGUUCCGGCUGUCGUACAUGUACUACACUGUGGUGGGCGCCCUGAUCGUGGUCACCGUCGGCUGGGUCGUGAGCCGUCUGACGGGUCCUCUGAAGCUCGGCGAGAUCGACCCCAGGCUGCUGGCGCCGCAGGUGCGGCCCGACGACCACAGAAGAGCGGCCCAGCACGACCCCGCUGCCGCAGUGGAGCUGCUGCCAAGCGGGACUCAGCACAACCCGCUACCGACGCCAAGAUCUAGCGAAUGGGUACCAAGGGAAAAGCGUCUGCCCCAAACACUACGACAGUGUAUUUAG